UUUUUUGUAUGCUUGAACAGCAGAGAAAAAACUUCAGAUUCCACUUCCACUUUCCAGCUUCCAGUUGGCUAACAAGCUCAAUUGUAGUUGGUAUAUUUUUUGUUUAUUAUAACGAGGCAAUAACAAUCAAUUCUUAUCUCAAGUGGUGCUCAGGUCGGCCUGUUUAUUUCUCAGCCAGACUGUUGUCUGUUUGGAGAUCAUCAUACAGGGGGCUCCAGUCACCGAUAGCUAUUGUCAGUCUCGAAAGCUCUGUUGAAGCAGCCAAACGCGUUUUAUUUUUCGCUGCUCUCCAGUAAACAAAUAAACAAAUAAAUAAUGCAUCACAACGUCGUUAACGCUCUUCUCUUGGCUAUUGUGAUUUGGCAUAUAUGUGAAGCUGAAUUACGUCUAUGUGCUACUACCAAAGACGAUCGCAUCAUCUUCCCAGACGAUAAUAGAGAUACGUGGAACAAUAUUAAUGCUAGCUCCACCACAGAAAUACCUUUAAACAGCACAACAGCGACCUUGGAUGAUCUGCACCGCAAUACGACUCAGGACUUAAACCGAACAACAACAACAACAACAACAACAGAGCUGCCUGACAUUGGCAAUCGAAUUCUUGUGGACACUCUGCCGGUUUGUGAGCCGGGCUUUCAACUGCGAGCGGGUCGAUGUCGUAAAUCGGCUUAAUCAAAAAUACAUAAAAUCGUUACUUGUAAUGUAUUAAGAGUGAAGUUUUGAGUAUUGCAACCAUCAUUAUUACUCAAUAGUGACUGCGAAAAGUAUUUUUGAGAUUUCGCCGAAUAUGAAAUACCCUACUUCAUAUGCAAAAAUAACCGUCAUAAGUAUUAUAUAAGUAUCUUAAAAUAAAAUAAAUAAAAUGAUACAACACCUCGGUAUGUAUUACGACUGCGAAUUACUUUACCAAAUGAGUUUCGCUUGGGACAAACACUUGAUGAGGUA